AUGAUCCAGGUUCCAGAUUCCCGCUAUCAAGGGACAACACCACCACCAGCAGAUGAUAGCAAACAUCGUUUUAAUCGCUUCAGGUCACCCACAGUCAACUUUGUCAACGUGUUGCGUCUUGUAUGGAUUCUCGCCCUUCUCCACGGUGAAUUCAUUAUCUUUUGGAAAGCUGCAUAUCAAUGUGCCCCUUGGCCGAGUAGUGGCAACAACAAUGACCAAAUGCUGGAUCGGCUGCUGCUGAUUGGCGAUCCUCAAAUGACGGAUGCGUUUUCAUACGAUCGACCCGGUGUUCUAUUGCGUAUAUCCGAAUUCUUCAGUGAUCUUUAUAUGGGCCGCAACUAUCGACAUUUACAGCGACGACUUGAACCAAAAGGAACGAUCUUUAUGGGUGAUUUGAUGGAUGGUGGACGUGAAUGGGACGAUAAUGGAUGGAAGAAACAAGCAACACGAUUUCGACACUUGUUCAAGAGUAAUCGACCUCAAUACUUCAUGGCAGGCAACCACGAUUUGGGAUUUGGUGAUGGUAUCCAGGCGCAUGUGAUGGAACGAUUUCAAGGAGAAUAUGGACCUACGUCGUAUACCCUUAGCACUGGCACUCCUUAUUCGAUCGUUGUUGUGGAUACAGUAUCACUUUCAUCAAGCCAUACGGAUUUAGCGACCAAACGACAAGCAUGGGAUGUCAUUGAACGCCAUUUGCCGCCGCAACCACGUAUCCUGAUGACCCAUGUUCCAUUGUAUCGGCCACCGGGAACAUCAUGUGGCCCUGAUCGACAAGGCAGAUCACGUGAAAUACGCCAGGGUCGUGGAUAUCAAUACCAGAAUCUUGUAAAUGCAGAUUUAUCACGUCAGCUGCUUGAUCGCAUCAACCCUGUUGUCGUCUUUUCAGGAGAUGAUCACGACUAUUGUCUGGUGAAACAUGGCAACAACGAUAAGGAUGAAGAAAUCCCAGAAAUCUCAGUGCCCACUUUUAGCAUGGCGCAAGGCGUGCAUUAUCCAGGCGUCAUUUUGUUGGAUCUAUCCAUCACUAAACAAGAAGAGGAUACUACUACAACAGCAGCAUUGGCCACCAAACUAUGCUGGUUACCCGAUCAGAUCGCUAUCUUUAUUGGCUAUGGAUGCUUGCUUGGGUUAUCAUUGGCUUCGCUCAUGGUAGUCCACGCCUAUCGAUGGAGUGUACAUCGUUCUAGACGCGCUUUUGGAACCAAUGACGUCGGCGAUGAUCCAGUUAUCCUCCCAAGACCGGCUGUAUUUACACGUGCUGCUAAUGCAAGAUCUUCUGCUUCUUUGGCAAAACGACAACUCUAUUCAUUUUUCAAAGAUGUUGCCGAUGUGGCAUCCAUUGGUAUCCUUGCAUACAUUAUUUGUUUGAUCACAUUGUAG